AUGUCCGCUUCAAAGAAGCAGACCUUCCGCGACAUCGACCUCGUCACCCUCGUCGGCUCCAGCAGCAUCCAGAUCCGCUGGGGGCCCGCCGACAUUAUGGCCAUCGAGGCACACCUCGCCCGCCACCGCCUCCAUCUGGGCAACUACGGCACGCUCUACUUUUUCGAGAUCCUCAACCUGCUCCUCGCUCGCGACGGCCUGAGCAACGAAGCCGACCCCGAGGCCACCCUCAUCAUCUCUCCCAAGGUGAAGUCCUCCCUCCAGUACCGCCUCAAGAAGCUCGCCAAAGAGGGCCACGUGGAGCUCGCCCGCGGUCUGCAGAACCAGCAUACGGCGCGCUGGGAGGCGUACACUAGUUCCUGGGCCAAACCGGGAUGGGAUGGUUGCAAACAGGCGCCGCUGCAACUCCCGCCGACGCCGCCGCGGGAUGUUGAUGAUGAGGAUGAGGAUGAGCCGAUGCCCUUCCCCCUUGUCGAAGACGCAGAAGAAGUCGUCGCGCCCCUUGUCCAGACACUGUCAUCCCCGCCUGCGACUCCGCGCCUCCGCCCCCAGCAGGCCGCCAGCGAGCCCUGGCUCGACGUCGCGGGUUUCGGGUCCCAGCCCACGCUGGAGGAGAACCUGGCCGCGUUCGAGAUGCCCUCAUCGACUGCCGCUGCUCUUUUCGGUCUUCCCGCUUCACCACCGCCGCCGCUCCCACCGCGAACCUGGGAGCAGCAGCAGCAGCAUCGCCAGUGCCGAGCACUACCACAGACUCCGCCGCGCUCGUCCGCCAUCGCGGUGGUAGACAACUCCCCUCCUGCAGUCGUUGCCGCCACCCCGGCCAGUCCGCUCAGUGACCGGUACGUGGCUAUGGUGAGAGCAGCCGAGCAGCGUGAGCGUCACCGAACGCCGUUUCCCCGUCCUCCUCCUUCUCCUUCUCCUCCUCCUCCGCCGCCGCCACAGCAGCAGCAGCAAUUGCUGCUCCGCCACGAAGAAGAAGACGAGAGGCCCCGAGUACAACAAGACGAUCUCAUGCCCCCUAGAACCCAAACCCGAGCCCGAACUCAAACACGUCCGCGCAUGGUUGGCGCCGCCCCAUUCACCCUCUUCAGUGACCAGGCCAAGAUCUACAUCAAGAUGCACCGGUGUGCCCUGGUCGUGCUCCUGCUAACGGCUGGGGUCGCGGGCAGCAGGAUGAGCGAGGAUAAGAGGGAGGAGCUGGUGGAGGAGGUCAGGCAGCGCAUGAGAAUGCUUGCGGUGGCCAAUGCUGGGAUCGAGCGGCGGUUGGCGGCCAUCUCGUUGGUGCUUGCUUCGCCUCAGGAUGGCAGCACGGCGAUCCGGAAUCUGUAUCGUGUUGCUGGGGUUGAGUAUGCUGGAUGA